AUGAUUUAUGGCGACGAUCCCUGCAUCGGGGUGCACCUGCGUCAACUGCUGUUGGAUGGGGACAACUUGCCCUCACUAACACUGGACGACUUCGACAAUCGGGUCUUUGCCAUGGAACCGAGUUGUCACCACAACCUCUGGUCGAAGAUGACCAAUCGCACAUGGGCCAUCCAUCACGUGAGCCCGGAGCAGAUCCGCUGCAUGUGGUCGGCAGACUUGGCGGCCGCCUACUACCAGGAGUCCCAGGAGGCUGAAGGUCUCCGGGUCGAUGAGGACCGGGAGCUGAACGCCUUCCCGGACCUCUGCGGCUGUGCCACCGAAGCAUGGCGGAAGGGUGUGGAGUUCACCAUGACACGUCAGCCAUCAGAUAUGGUCUCUGACCCCCUGGAGAAGUUGGAUUGGCUGCAGGCAGGAAUCUCUAACGAUAUCCUCCAUUGGGACCUUUUGGAUCGAGACACGACAGAGCUGCCGUGGAACGACACACGCCACGUCGACAUGUUGGCCUCCUGCGUGCUUCGGGUGGCACCGAGCCGUCUGCCCAAGCUGCUGGAAUUCUACGAAAGAUGCCUUGGGAUGCAGAUCCAGCGCCAUGACGACUUCGUGGAGUUGCUGGUCCCGAAGCGCUCAGAGAGCUGCAGCCUGCGGGUCCUGGUUUCGGAGGAGGUGAAGGCGGGGUACCGCCACAAGGGGACGGACAUCUACUGGAAGAUUGGGCUGGCCAUCGAUGAUGUCCAGUCCGCCAGUGAACGUUUGGGCUGUGGUCCUGGAUCCCAAUUUCUGGACAUUGGCUUUCUGACACACUUGGCAGAUCCUGCUGGUUUCACCAUCGAGCUGCUCCAAACGACCUUCGAAGCCAACGCCGCGGAACGAGCGACGAGGUUAGCUCGGCCUGUUGAGAACAGCGCAUCUCUCAUGGCACAGGACUUUGUCAUCGGACAAAUCACCACACGCAUCACCGAUCCUAAGCCCAGCCUGGAGUUCUACCAGAAGGUCCUGCGGAUGAAACUCAUGUCAGUUCAGCCAGUGACACCCUACCGAUUCACACUUUAUUUCCUGGCGUACACGGAGGAGGACCCCCCCAACGCGGAUGUGGAGGCGGUGGAGAAUCGAGAGUGGCUCUGGCAGCGACCAUACACCACUUUGGAAUUGCAGCACAGGUGGGAUAGUGCUCCGGGUUCCUUGUCCAUCCCGAGCAAGGAUGAGGAAGGGCUCCAUGGCAUCACCAUCCAGAUACCUUUGGAGCACCUGCAGGCCCUGGAGCGCGAGGCACCGGGCUAUGUGGUGCGGGUGCCGGGCCGCAGUGGCAGCUUGCUGGAUCCGGAUGGUCUGCCGCUGGAGGUGGAAGUGGCGGGCUGCUGA